AUGUCUCCCCUUGAAACGCUACCUACGGAAAUCAUUCAGCACAUUGCCGAGCUAUGCACGUGGGACUCGGCUGCUCCGGUUGACGGCCGCCCUUCAGAGAAGGAUGCAUGGCGGUAUCGUCUGAGCAAUGGUGAAUGGUGCCCGGAGACGUAUGCGCGAUGUCAUGCGUAUUUGGCUCGGGCUAGUUCUCAUCUCUACGAUAUUCUCAACAAGGCAUUGUACGCUCGGAAUCUGGUCCGCGACCCAGGACGUCUUUCCUGUAUCCGCUGGGCGGUGCGAAACAACCGCCUCGAGACUCUUCAGCGAGCCCACCAAUACGGCGGAGAUCUGUCUAGUUAUGGACACGAUCCUAUCCCCGAUUUCAAACCGGGCGAUGAUGGGAUUUUCCGCCACCUCGUCCGAGUCAACAAUGUCCAGGUCCCACAUUACUACGACACACUGGCAACGCCUCUUGUUCAUGCUGUUCGCAAUGGGUUCAGCGAUAUUCUUGGGUUCCUUCUACGUUCAGGAGCAGAUGUUAACGUAUCAUACGAAUCUGAGGGGUUUUGUAGGUUCAAUGGUGGGGCCAAGGCACUCAUUUAUCCACUACACGUGGCUCUUUCACACGGCCACAUUGAGUACGCGGAGGCACUUGUACACCAUGGAGCGUAUAUGGUUGCUCACAAUAUCUCCGCGAUCGAUGAAGUUCACGAGAAUAAGCUUCAUGGUAUAUUGAGCGUUCUACUUCAGAGGACUGAUCCGGUAUCCAUGAUCGGAAAAUUACAUUUUGCUGCUAAAACGCAAAAUUUGGACCUUCUCAAAGAAAUCAUCCAUUAUCCCGGAUUGGACAUCAAUGCUAGAGACUGGGACAUGAAGUGUGCCCUUUGCCUCGCUGUGCAAUCUGCUGAAGAUGAUUUUGAUGUCAUCAGAUUACUUCUGCAACACUCAGACAUCCGCUGCUCACUGCCUGACGAGGAUACUUUCAUAACACCCUUCCACAUAGCGACCAAAAGAGGACGGUUAGACAUUAUCCAACUUCUCAUACCGAUGCCUGGGGCUGAGGAUAUAUGCCGCGGGGAUAACGCCCAGAGCCUUUUACACUUGGCUGCACGGCAAUCUAAUAAGGAAUUAUUUGACUUCUUCCUCAGCCAACCUGACGUAGAUAUCCCCGAGCAACGUCUUGGAUGGGGCUCUCUUCUACACACAGCCUGUAAGGGCGAGGACGACGACAAAUCCAGGGAUUUUGUUCAGCACAUGAUCGACAAUGGCAUUCCUCUUGAGACAACGCACCUGACCCUAAAUUCUACAAUUUAUCACGGCAACAUCCGGACAGCUAUAAAGAUUCUGCCCUAUGUGCCGGACGCUCACAUGACUCUUCCUUAUGAACCUGCCUUUCCUCGUCGGUUCUUAGGCCCGACUACACCUCUUCAUUAUACUCUCAUGGAACCGCACCCCGAUCAGACAUUACUAGUCAAAGAGCUCAUCGCGCGGGGCGUGGAUGUUGAUGCGUUCACGUCUAGUGACACUCAGAGAAGGCGACUGCUAGGAUGUGGAGGCACCCCUCUGUUUUUUGCCACUGUCUUCGCCCGGAACAUUGACUGCAUGAGACUCCUUAUUGAUGCGGGAGCCGACCUCAAUGUCCUUGUCCAUGGCCAAGCGCCCAUAGUUGAGGAAUUUUCGGUAGAGCCGGGUGAAAAGCCUUCCAUGUCAUUGUUGGCAGGUGUGUUGACCUAUGUAUGGCGCGAUCGAGAAGGCGUUGUCGAGUGCCGUAUCAAACAUCCAACAAGGAGAGAAGUGCCCUUGGAGGAGAACAUGUCGGGGUUGACAGACCGAGUACUGCUGCUUCUCAAACACGGCGCGCAAUUGGGCAAAGUGGGCAACUCUCCGUCGGCAUUGAAGCUCAUUUGCCUGGAGGCGGAGCAGAGCUCAUCUUUAACAUUUUUACAGUGGAUCAUAUCGAACGCAACCUCAAGGAACGUGAAUAGGAAACAUGUGGACCAUCUGAUCCGAGAAUUUCAGUUACGUGGGGAGAAUCCGAUAUCAAGCGGUAUUCGGGAGACUCUUGAAAAGCUGGCAGCGCUGAGGCCCUCGGGGCUAUUCAAGUCCAUCCUGACGACUUGGAGCGCGGAGUCAAACGAGCUACUUCUCGGGCUGGAGACAGGACCAGGAGAUGUGUACUCGGUACUAAUAACGGGGAGAUCAGUCGAGGAGCACGAGCAGAACAAGGAGCCGCCUGCCUUCAAGGAAUCUGUGCACCUUUUGAAGACACUGCCCGGGCUAGCCAGCCUCGAGGUAGCGCACGUUGUCAAUGUGAAGAGUGGGGUGGCCAACAAGGUAGACUGA